AUGAGUAUAUAAUAUGAUUAGAUGAUAUUAGAUGUGAACUUAAUUAUUCCUAAUUAAAUGCAAUAAUAAUCUCUGAAAUUUGUAUUAUUUAUAUAGUUAAUUAAAUCUUUUGUUGUCAAAAUGGACUUGCUUAAAGGCGGAUUUUAAGGUGAUAAUUCUGAUGGAGACAGCUUAAGAUAAUCUUGGACUACUGAAGAUAGUCUAAGUAGAACUUCUAGCUAUGAUGCGUCUGAGGAAGUUAAUGAUCUAGAGGAAAGAAUCUGUCAAUACUUAAAUGAUUUAAACAUCUAAUCAUUUACAAAUCCAACUCUCAAAGAAGAAAUGUACAACCUUUAAUUGAAACAAAAAUUAUUUUCAAAAAUUAUCUCAUUAUCUAAUACAAAUAAGAGCACUCUCUUGAAAAAACGUUCGCUACUCUUUGCAGAAUGAAUAUUGCCAUUUUUCCAAUACUAUUCACUUUAUUUCUAUUUAAA